GUCAUGGAUCCCGACUACUUCACGCCCGCCGGCGACCAUCGAGACGCCCCAGCCGCCCACAUCGACGACUCGGACACCGACAUGGCCGCCUCGGCCAGCGCAACCGCCUCGUCCUCGCGCUCCGCCAUGUACACCUCGCCCAGUGUCCACGGGCGCAAAGGCCGCAUGUCUCGCUCAGGAGCACCGCGGCCCAUCAUCACGCCCACGAGCCCGCUUUCGUCCACGAUACCCCACAACCUGCUGCCCUCGGCCCCGGCCUCGCCGCCCACGCCCGCCCCCAGUCCCACGCCCACGCAGCGGGUCCCCGACUGGAGCACUGCCGCCGAGCACGAGGAUGGCGACAUCAAGAGCAUACGCGCACAGUUUGGCGACAUGAACCGCGCAGAGCGCAUGCGCCUGCUGGGCGAGCUGCUCAACCUGUGCGACAGCCAGGAGCUGAGCUUCGUCGCCGAGUUUGUCAGUCCCCGGCUCAAGAAGGAUCCCUUCAUGGUCCUGCCUACCGAGCUGUGCCUCAGAAUCCUCGAGUGUGUCGACGACCCCACAACCCUCGCCCGAGCAUCCCAAGUCUCGAAGAAAUGGCGCGAGCUUGUCAAUGACGACAGUGCCUGGAGGCUGUUGUGCCACAAGUUUUCAUUCCGCGCCCUGCCCAAGGAGGACAAGAUGGAAGACGAGGAGCCCCCGGCCGAUGAAAUGGAGGCGACCGAGUCCAAGCCGUGGUGGCAGGAGGACGAGCGCGCGCCGAGGGUCGACGAUGUGUCAGCAAGAGACCACCUCGAAGCUGGGCCCUCAAAUAGUGGUUCCGAGGGUCUGCGCACCCAGAGCCUCGACCGUGCAGCCAAGAGGAAGCCCUCGCCCCGGAAACCCCAGGCAACCACAUAUCGAUCACAUUUCAAGCAGCGAUACAUGGUCGAGACGGCCUGGCGCAACGGAGGCGUGUGCGAUGCCCGCCAGAUUACCCCAGAUCAGGGUGUGGUGACCAGCCUGCAUCUGACCAACAAGUACAUUGUCGUUGCGCUCGACAAUGCCAAGAUCCACGUCUUCGAUACCGUCGGUGACCACCAAAAGACGCUCCAAGGACACGUUAUGGGCGUGUGGGCCAUGGUGCCCUGGGGUGACCUUUUGGUUAGUGGAGGUUGUGAUCGUGACGUUCGCGUCUGGAACCUUGCGACCGGUUUCCCCCAGUUUACCCUCCGUGGUCACACUUCAACAGUGCGAUGUCUGAAGAUGUCGGAUGCCAAUACAGCUAUAUCCGGAUCCAGAGAUACGACACUGCGUAUUUGGGACCUAAAGAAGGGAUUGUGCAAGCAUGUACUCAUUGGCCACCAGGCUAGCGUCCGAUGCCUCGAGAUACAUGGUGACAUUGUUGUCUCUGGCAGCUACGAUACCACAGCAAAGAUUUGGAGUAUAUCCGAGGGCAAGUGCCUACGCACACUCACCGGACACUUUAGCCAGAUUUAUGCCAUUGCCUUUGACGGCAAAAAGAUUGCAACUGGAAGUCUGGACACCAGCGUCCGGAUAUGGGAUCCCAACGAUGGCAAAUGUCUGGCUGUACUACAAGGCCACACCUCGCUUGUCGGACAACUUCAGAUGCGCGAUGAUAUCCUGGUGACUGGUGGAUCAGACGGUUCGGUCCGUGUGUGGAGCCUUGCAACCUACCAAGCUAUACACCGAUUAGCCGCGCACGAUAAUAGCGUCACAAGUCUGCAGUUCGACAACACCAGGAUUGUCAGCGGUGGCAGUGAUGGUCGUGUCAAAGUCUGGGACCUCAAGACUGGUGUUCCUGUGCGUGAAUUGAGCAGCCCUGCCGAGGCUGUCUGGAGAGUAGUGUUUGAGGAAGAGAAGGCUGUUAUCAUGGCCAGUCGGGGCGGCCGAACGAUUAUGGAGGUAUGGGAUUUCUCGCCCCCUGCCGAAGAGGAUUAUGACUUGCGAUCCUCGACCCCAGCAAGUAUGCCCGAUCGCCUCGAAGUAGACUACACCCGUCCACGAUCUGCCAUUCUCCCUGCAACUUCUCCGCUUGUACAGGAUACCAGCGCUGGUGAUGUCACCAUGGAUGACGUAGCCGAUUCGUAGUAGGAACGAGAGGAAUGGUGAAGAAUCAUCAGCGCAGCGGAAAAUGCUCGGCAUAACUUCCGCACCCCUCGUACCAAGGCAGUAAUCACGACAAGGGCACGUACGAGAGACAUCGAGGCCACGAGAGAGAGAGGCUUGUGCAUGAAGCCAGAGCCAGGCUGUGGCAGCCUGUGCUUGUGAGUACUCACCUUGGGCGUAGCACGCAUUGCCAAACACACGUUAUACCCAUCGGCAGUCACGAAUACCAUGACGAACCGAGCACGCCUGUUGUUCAACAAUGUACAUCAACGGUCACGCAUUCACGGACCAAUUGUUGUCAAACUACUAUUUGUUCAGAUACCAUGAGCGGACGAGCGAUCGACAUUUCCUUGCAUCUUCAGGCGUCAAAACUGCAUACACAAACAAACACUCACCCAAGUCAAUCAAUGCUCCCCUUUAUUUUCU